CUAGCAACCCUGCUUUGUUUAUCGGAGUGACAUUCCUGAAUUUUACCUCAAACAUUUACAUUACAGUUUAAAAAAUAAAUAAAUAAAAAAAUAUGUUAAAGUUUCAAUUAAUGACCGAAAAAGACCGACGUGAGGCCGCCUACAUCGAACGUCGGCGCAUACAAGAAGAAGAACGAAAAAAACGAAUCCUCAAUCCAAGGGCAAGAUUAAUUGGGGUUGACAAAAAUGCACUCGAAUCUCAAAUCGAAGAAAAGAAACGGUUGGAAGAAGAAAAACGUCGCACAGAUCAAAUUUUCGAAGAACAUCUGCGCAAGGCCGACGAAUUAGCUGUAGCCCUAGAACACAAGCAAAAAGAGGAACAAAAAAAAUUCCAGCAAAAGAUUAACACUUUCCGCAAAAACUAUCAAAAACCUGAAGACCGGAGGGAAUUCGACUUGAACGAUCCUGAUGGUAAAAAGAAAGAGCUUCCGUGCAGGAUGAACGAUGACGAUCCAAGAUUGGGCCCUUCUUCAGCCCAAAAAUUUGAAGGCGAAGACCUCGUAAGUGAACGAAGACUAAAAGUCCAAAAAGAACAAACCAAAUCCUGGCUCGAACAACAAUUUAUGGAAAAACAACAGGCCGAAGAAGAAAGACAAAUGGCCGAAGAUGCUUAUAAAGCUGCUGUCAUUGCAAGAGACAUACGAUGCAUAGAAUUGGAAAAAAUCGAAAAAGAAUGCAGAAGGAAACUGGAAGAAGCCAAUACGCAGUACAACUUGGCUCUGGCCGAGGAAAAGUGCAAAAGCAACUUGUCAAAAACCCAUCAAACGACCAACGAUAAUACGGCGGAGAUUUACAACACCCUGACUAGUGAUCUUCUGACUGAAAACCCGGACGUAUCGCAAAGUAAUAUGGGCCCGGGUAAGAUACUCGCUUAUUUGUACAAAGGCAUGAGCGAUGAGGAAAGGAGUCAAAUCAGGAAUGAGCAAAGACUACAAGCUGAAGAAGCACGAAAAAAGCGAGAAUCAGAUGUGCGGAUGCAAAGGGAAUUCGACGAUUACAUUAAUGGCACCCAAAAAUCCAUAUACUUAAUGGAUCAGGAAUUGGAAAGGAAACAAAGGGACAUUCGUAAAAAAAUCGCCCAAGAAAACCUGAAAAUGGCCGAGGAACAUCGCAGCCGCAAAAACUACUUCGACAAAAUCGUCUACACCAACAGGCCGACCGAAGACUAUUUCCAGCAAUUCAACAAAACAUCUAGAUAAAUUUUAAAUUAUUGUUAUCAAUAAAAACAAAAAUUUUUAUCUAA